CAAGAAAGACAGGUGCAUUUACAAAAAUCAAAGCAACCUUUAAUAUAUCUGCAUAUACAUAGAGUUGAUGACCGCGUAACGACACUCAGUGUAUCCACAUACACAAAGCACACGGGAAUAAACGGGCUGAAACAGUCCCACGUUGCGAGGCUGACGGUUCGGUCGUCGCGGCAUUGUGCGUUCACCCGGGCUGGAGCUGGCUGUGACGACGACACGCUCAGGCCCUCCCUCUUCAGCACGGUUCUUGGGCUCGGCUCGCUCAGGAGCCGCAGUGGCAGCAGCCAAGGGCCGCCUUCUUCCACACGCCCUCGAUGUCCGGCUCAGACGCCGCUCGUGACCGACGUGCUUGCUAUAGUUGCACGCCCAGCACAACGUCGGUGCCCAGCUUGUACGCCAUCCGAAAGACACGUGUGGCGGCCACACAUGAGGACCGCGUCUAGCACAGCAACAUCUGUGCCACAAGAACGCAGCUCGGCACAGCUCAGGUGCGGCAGCACAGGGCCGGCGUCUCGAGCACUGGCAGCAAGAGCCCCAGGACGUCCACGUCCACGCUCGUCUCCACGAUCCUCCUCACCUUGCCACGGACGUCUCGCCUGGCAGGGACUCUCGCCUAGUUCGGCGCAGGAGCUCGGAACUGCUGCCCACCGGGCUCGAAAACUGCGACAGUGCGCCUCGUGCCGCCGUGCUCGCGCACUCGUUGCCUUCGUUAUUAAUGGAGUUUGGUGGACGCUCCGAUCUUCUAGCGGCGCCUCGCGGCAUUUACAUAUGACAUUUUACCCCCAACUAUAGGAAGUUGUUUCAUUUAAACAACUUGCGGUGGAUGGAGCGCUGCGUUUUUCCAACGCGGCGCGCGUUCUGAAAGCAAAUUUUCUCCGUGGCUGCAACGCUAGAGCGGCAACGCGUGGAGCAUUUUCUUGGUGGGUUUCGUGAGGCUGGCUGCACCGUAAACGCGAUUGCUUUUCUUCGAUUGUGCGUGGUUCAUCCUACACGGAAGCGCAACGAUGCCUGGCUGUUGUUGCGCACCAAACUGCAAGUCCAAUUAUGACGGAGGACCAAGCGUCCGUGUGCACAAGUUCCCAUCUGACCAAGCCACUCGGGAAGCAUGGACGAGAGCAGUUCCUCGGCAGGACUUCUCGCCAACGAAGUACACAGCGCUCUGUGAAAAGCAUUUCUCGCCAUCGGAUUACUUGAAGACGACAUCUUACACGGACGUCAAGACAGGAAAAGUGGUCGAAGUUGCCACGAAAGACAUUCGUCUGAAGAAAACUGCAGUUCCGAGCUAGUUUCCCAAUUGCCCUGCCUAUUUAUCGCGUCCGCAAGCGUGCGUUCAAGAAUCGCCGCGUGCGAAAAGAGCGCGCUUGGAAGCCACAUAUUUGCAAAAAGCAAUAAUACUUUCUCAGCAAACCCAAGCAGAAGAGGACGCCAAAAAGGUGGUUGGUAGCUUUGCGGAUUUGCUCAAGGCCUUGCCAAGCUUUCAGAGUUCGGACUUCUGGACAGUUUUGAACAAGGGCUCCAAUGUUUUCUUUUUGGGCUUGUCACUUCAAUUUGCUCCUGCAGUCCGUACUUCGGUGAUCGUGUACACCGACCGGCGCGUCGAAGUAUAUUUUGGUGAAACGCGUGUGAGGAAGUGUGGUGAUGUGUUAGUUCCUGAAAAGCUGUGCGACUAGAGAGAUUUGAAAAGUGUGUUACACAUGAUCGAAGAGACACAUAAGGAUAUCAGCACUGAGCGUUCUGAAAAGGCCCGUCAUCUACUGACACUGGUUUCGACAUUGCUAGAGGAAGUAAGUGGACAACAUUUUUCACGCGAGUUGCAAGAAUGGCAUUUGGAAAUGCUUAAAUUCUUGAAGAGUCAAGUUGAUCUUGUUUUGAAUAGUGCUGGCCGAUAUCCCCCCGAUUUAUUGGUUUUUGCUAGCCUUUUGUUCACAAUUUCAUCUCAUGCACACAGAUUCCUGAGAAGUUCGAUGAAGCUUAAGAUGCCGCAUCCUGAUACGAUCAGAAGACUGUGUUCAUCGUACGAUGUACGCCCUGAAAAGGAGCAGCAAGAAUGUAGCUUUCUUUCCUAUGCAUAGCGUAUUGUAAGCAUAUAUAAAGAGCAUGAAAAGACUAACUUUAAUUAUUGAUGAGAUUCACCUUCAAUCACUUCUUGAUUACAAGGCUGGCUUUGUUACUGGUGCUGCGGUAAAUUCAUGGACUGCAGGAAAAACUGCCCACGUAUUUAUGAUACAGAGUCUGCUUUCUUCAAACAAGGAUGUUGUACACAUUCUUCCUGUGGCACAAAUCAAUGCUAAGGCGCUGCACGACUUCCUUCGGAAGAUUUUUCUUGAUCUAGAGGCAUCUGGUUUUAGAAUAAUCGCAGUGAUCUCGGACAAUAACUCUAUAAACAGAAAAGCCAUGUCCUACUUCUCUAAGACGGCAAGUGUCAGCAUUGUUUACCAGCAUCCUGCUGACCCAUCAGGACCCCUGUUUUUCGUGGUGGACCCAGUUCACAUACUAAAGUGUAUAAGAAAUAACUGGCUGAAUCAAAGAAACAUUGGCAAAUGCAUGUACUUUCCUGAACCGAAGAGUGAUGAGGCUGAACCAAAGGUACUUACAGCAUCUUUCAAGGUAUUAUGCCAGUUGCACGAAGCUGAAAAGCAUGAGCUCUUGAAGCUAGCGCCAACGUUCACUUUGAAGGCACUGAACCCCUCGAACAUGGAACGGCAGAACGUUAAACUGGCCUUAAAGAUUUUUAACUCAUCUACUGUUGCUGUUAGUGUCGCAACGUUCCAGCAUGCAAAGGAAACAUCUCAAUAUGUCGACACCAUUUUGACUUGGUGGAACAUUAUUAAUGUCAAGACGUCAAGAAAAGGACAGCGGUUGCGAGAUCAGUUGCAAGGUCCAAUAGUUUCAUCGUCGUGUCCUCAACUAGAUUUCUUAGAGAGAAUAGUUCAAUGGCUUGAUCACUGGGGAAGCCUCAAGCAUGACAAUGGCCGCCUGAUACGUGAAACGCACACAGCUUUCAGCCACACUACCCACGCCUUGCACGAACUUGCCAUAUAUUGUCUCGAAGAGCUUCAUUUCGAGUAUGUUUUUUUGGGCAAAUUUCAAACUGAUAGUUUGGAGGAUCGCUUUGGAAAGUAUCGGCAAUUGUCUGGUGCCAAUUACCACGUGUCUAUAAGGCAGAUAUAUGAAUCUGAAAACAAAUUGCGUUUGCAGAAGGUUCUGGGCCUGCCAGAUUUGGACAUGCUACUACCACCGAGGGCGAGCACGUUGGAGACAAGUGUAAAUUGAGGAAACGGCCAGUUUCACGUCACUGUGACUGACUCUGACAUUGAGAAAAAAACAUUAAGGCUACCGGCACUAACAUAUGUUGCCGGCUAUUGUGCGCAUGUAGCUCUAAAAAAGUUGACGUGCGCAUCUUGCAGUGAAAGCCUUGUGAUGCAAGACGUCGAUCUAGAUGACCCUGAGAAUGCAUUAAUCACGAAGAUGACGAGGGGUGGCCUGAAGUUUCCACGAGCAGUUGUAGUUAAUGCUGUACUCUUCACUGAAAUUACAUUGUACAAGCUCAGGACACCAGAAUAUGCCGUACGAUUUUUCUGCCUUCCUAGGCAGAAAGAUGCUCUUGUCGGCCUUGUGUUCGCUACGCUUCAUGACUUUGAGGAUGUAGAUGUGUGUGAUUUCGGUCAUCCUGCACAGGAGGUAAUGGGCAUGUUGUAAGUGCUGCAGCGAAUACACUGCUGAACAACUUGUGCCGCACAGAAAACGACAAAUUACGCAACGCCAAGAACGACCGAAAAUUGCACACCUUGAAGGCCUGAGGUAUGUUUCUCAUUAUUUAUUUUUUAUUCAUGAAGCUCUGUUUUGUUGAACAUCUACGUAUGUUUGUGUUGACAUCUACGUUGUUUGGUUAAAAAGAAAGCUGUGGCGUAGCUAGGACUUAUUUGCCUACAUUCUCCAAAUUUAAACCCUGCAUUUUGGCGAAUUUAAAUGUUAGCGUUUGAGUGCAUUGUGCUACCUGUUUAUGAUUCGAACUCCCCCAUGCUACCGCAAUCCAUUAAUUGCAUGUUUUCCUUCAGGACUGAGAGUGGGCCUCUCGUUUCUGACUUACCUUUUGCCCAGUAUCUGAGCAUUUUAUGAAGACCAAAAAGGCCUGCAAACAAGGUGGGUGGAAAUAAAAGAACCACAAGAAAUGGUACGACAAAUACGGAAGCUUAUUCUAUUUGACAAUCAGUCGUGCGUGACCCUAUAAUAAAAUUUUCACAAUAAAAUGAACCUCGAUAUUCGUGUGUCCAACGAGGACUGUUUUACGCAAUGCAAGAGUGAAAAUGAUAAUUGCAUAUGGAAGAUUUAAAAUGCUUGUUUCUGAAUGCAGUUCUUAUCAAUUGUGAAUAAAGUAUAUUCUGUGUCUUCAAUAUGCAGUUUUCCUCUUUCUUUCUUUCCGUCUAAGGUUGAAGUGACUAAGCAGCAUGCAGUUUGCUUGUCUUAGUCCCGACCAAACAUCACAAGCACAAUAAGGCCGGUCGUGUUGCGAUACACGCAAA